GGGCCCCUGGGGCCCGGACCGUUGGCGGCGGCGUGAGUGGCGCGCUCCGUCCAGGCCCCGGGAUUGGCGCCCGAGGCCUGCCUCUGUCCGCCUGUCCUUCAGGAAGUCCGCGCGACCAGCUGGCCCAGCCCACGGAGCUGCAGGUCAUCUGGAGCCUGGAGCUUGGCCUUCCAGACGGGCCUCGGGACAGUCCGGCAGCAGCCAGCGAGGCUCCUUUCUGGCCCCCAGCGCCUGUGUGUGGAACUGACCCCUCCCGCACACAGCCCUGCCUGGAGUCUGGAGAGGGCAGCCCCACGCUGAGGAAGGGGCUCAGGAGGUGCAGUGCGGCUGAACUCUGCAGGUCAUGAAGGUCAAAGUCAUCCCUGUGCUUGAGGACAACUACAUGUACCUGGUCAUCGAGGAGCGCACGCGGGAAGCUGUGGCCGUGGACGUGGCCGUGCCCAAAAGGCUGCUGGAGAUCGUGGGCCGGGAGGGGGUAUCACUGACCACUGUGCUGACAACCCAUCACCACUGGGACCACGCUCGCGGCAACGCAGAACUGGCGAGGCUGCUGCCUGGUCUGGUGGUGUUGGGUGCGGACGAGCGCAUCUGUGCGCUGACGCGCAGGCUGGCACAUGGCGAGGAGCUGCAGUUUGGGGCCAUCCACGUGCGCUGCCUCCUGACACCUGGCCACACCUUGGGCCACAUGAGCUACUUCCUGUGGGAAGAGGAGUGUCCGGACCCUCCCGCCGUGUUCUCGGGUACUGGCUGCCCUGUACCCACCUGCCCCACCUCCCCGUGCCCCAUUCCUCUCUCUGACCCACCCAACUCCCCAGGGGAUGCACUGUCCGUGGCCGGCUGCGGCUCACGCCUGGAGGGCACAGCUCAGCAGAUGUACCAGAGCUUGGUGGAGACCUUGGGCACCCUGCCCCCCGAGACAAAGGUAUUCUGCGGUCACGAGCACACGUUGGGCAACCUCGAGUUCGCACAGAAAGUGGAGCCUUACAAUGACCACGUGAAGGCUAAGCUGUCGUGGGCCAAGGCUGCGGGUGACGGAGCCAAGCUGCCUGGGGUUGCCAGACAAGGCGGUGACUGGGGCCUGUGCUCGUUCCAGCAGAGGGAUGAGGAUGAUGUGCCCACAGUGCCUGCAACUCUGGGCGAGGAACUCCUUUACAACCCCUUCCUGAGGGUGGCAGAGGAGUCUGUGCGCAAGUUCACGGGGAAGGUGGCCCCAGCCGACGUCCUGGAUGUGCUCUGCAGGGAGCGAGCGAGUUUCGAGAGGGCGGCUGAGCCGCUGCAGCCACAGGCCCGGGCUCUCCUCGCGCUGCAGUGGGGGCUCCUGAGCACACCCCGGCAGAAGUGAGCUCUACAUGGGCCAGGCCACACAGCCCUCCUCCCUCAACCCACAGGAGGGCCCAGCCAUCCUCAGUCCUGCCCGGCCCCGGAGGGUGGGCGCUCUGGCACUUAUGGGGCUGGACACCCUGCCCCACUCUGGGCCACAGUGAGACAGGGGUGUUUGCACACAGUACAGUGGAGUGCACAGGGCUCCUGAACUUCAAAUAAAGCUUUGAAAGGCCUUUUUCUUGAUGCA